AUGAGCAGAAGCUUGGGCAUACCGGUCAAGCUACUCCACGAGGCCUCCGGCCACAUCGUGACGGUUGAGCUGAAAAGCGGCGAGCUUUACAGAGGGAGCAUGGUGGAGUGCGAAGACAACUGGAAUUGCCAGCUCGAGAGUAUUACUUACACCGCUAAGGAUGGCAAGGUUUCACAGCUUGAGCAUGUUUUCAUCAGAGGCAGCAAAGUCAGGUUUAUGGUCAUACCAGAUAUGCUAAAGAAUGCUCCUAUGUUCAAGCGUCUAGAUGCUAGAAUCAAGGGAAAGAGUGCAUCACUUGGAGUCGGAAGAGGAAGAUCUGUCGCCAUGCGAGCUAAAGCUCAGGCUGCUGCUGGUGGCCGUGGAGGACCUGGGAGGGGCGUUGUACCGCCUGUUAGGAGAUAA